AUGGUAUCGGUUUCAUUACAAUCACUUCAUGAUCCCAAUUUUACGUUUAAGGUUCAAGCUUUUGUAUUGAGUAAACUCACUUCAAUCCUCCCUGAGAGGCAAAUUAUUGUAGAACUGUGGUCGGAGUUUUCAAAUAUCAAACUGGCAGAUCCAUCAUUUCAUACACCAAACAAAAUCGAUAUUCUUCUCGGAGCUAAUGUUUACAGUCAGAUCUUGUUAGAUGGUGUAAUCAAAGGUCCACCAGGUGUACCUAUAGCUCAGCGAACAACGCUUGGUUGGAUUAUUUCUGGCCCUGUUAAUUUAGAUGAAACAAAUAAUAUACAAAGGCCACUGAUUAGUAUGCAUAUUUCUCAUGUAAGUGAAGAUGACUUAUUAAGGAAAUUUUGGGAAUUGGAAGCUGAAAACAAUAUAGAUAUUAAAAAACAUUUAUCUGAGGAAGAAAAGAAAUGUGAAGAAAUAUUUACAAAUACUACGAAGCGGGACAGUUCAGGGAGAUAUAUAGUUAAUCUUCCAUUCCGUAGUGAUGAUCCCAGUUGUAAAUAUGGCAAUUCUAAAACUAUUGCAACUAAAAGAUUUCUGCAACUAGAAAAAAGAUUAUCAAUGGAUCCUAAUUUAAAAAUUAAAUACGCUGAAGUCAUUUCAGAAUAUCUAGAAUUAGGACACAUGGAGAAAGUACCAAUAACUGAACAAGAUGAUCCUGAAGCAGUCUAUUUACCGCACCAUGCAGUGGUGCGGGAGGAUAGAACCACUACAAAAGUAAGAGUUGUUUUCGAUGCAAGUUGUCCUGGUACAAAUGGCGUAUCUUUAAAUCAAGAUUUAUUAGUAGGACCCACUCUUCAAGCUGACUUGCGUCAUAUCUUAAUACGUUGGCGUCGUUAUCCUAUAUGUAUUGUGUCUGAUAUAAUUAAAAUGUAUAGACAGAUAAAGGUUGAAGAAAGACAUACUAACUUUCAACGUCUGGUAUGGCGUGAUCAUCCGGAAAGUGAACUGCAACAUAUGAGACUAUUACGAGUAACAUUUGGAACGGCAUCAGCACCUUACCUUGCUGUUCGGUGUUUACAUCAAAUUGUUUAUGAUGAAGGCAAAAAUUAUCCUCUUGCUGCUGAAAGAGUUCUAAAUCAUUUUUAUAUGGACGAUUUACUAACAGGUUGUGAAUCAGUCGAAGAAGGUAUUAAAAUCUAUAAGGACAUAAAAGAGUUAUUAAAAAAAGGAUUUGAGCUUCAGAAAUGGAGUAGCAAUAGUAAUGAAUUAUUGAAAGUAAUUAAUGAAGAAGAUAUAGCUUCACAAGAAAGCGUGCAAUUAAAAAUAAAUAGUGUUAUGAAAAUUCUAGGACUUACCUGGAAUCGAAGUUGUGAUCAUUUUGAAUAUGUUGUACAACUUCCUGAACUGAAGGCACCUGUAACUAAAAGAAAAGUUAUUUCCGAUAUUUCUCGGAUUUUUGAUCCAGUUGGAUGGUUAGCGUCUGUUGUUAUUCAUGUAAAAACAUUUAUCCAAAUGUUAUGGCUCUCUGGAAUAGGUUUAGAUGAAGAAUUACUAAUACAACUUUUGAAUAAAUGGUUACAGUAUCUAGAGAAUUUUCAAGAAACUUACCUCGUCGUCGAUGAAUUAAAGAACCUGAAAGAAAAAAGAAAGAUUAGUAAUAAGAAAAGUGUACUUACCUUCUCGAAUCCGUGGAAUGAUGAAGAUGAAACUCUAAGAGAUGAUGGACAGUCGCAAUGUACUAAUAUUAAUGACUUGAAUACGAAGACUACCACAAGAUUUCCAAAUUAUGCAGCUACAAUAGAAAUAAAUGCGUAA